CUUGGCAAGUCGACCACGCACGACAGCGAGCGCAGCUGCGACUGCCACGUCUGCUUGACCAUCUACUGCUCCCUAGCUAGGCCACACCGAGCACGAUGCUUGGAGGUUCGAACGGUACGCCAUGGUUCAGGGCAUCGAAGCUAGAAAUGCUCACCCAAAACGCCUGCGAUCCGACACUCCAUGAGCCCAACUACGCCAUCCACCUUGAGAUCGCAGAACUCAUCAACACCAAGAAAGCCAAUACCCCUCGUGAUGCAGCGAUGCUAAUAGCACGCCUCGCAAACCACCGGAACCCACAUAUCUCCAUCCUCGCACUCGCACUUCUCGACACCCUCGUGCAAUCGUGCGGCUAUCCAUUUCACCUGCAGAUCUCAACCAAAGAAUUCUUGAAUGAACUCGUCCGUCGAUUCCCUGAACGCCCGCCUCCCUUCCCUGGCCCAGUCAUGUCACGGAUUCUAGAGCUCAUCCAUCGAUGGAAGGAGGGUAUCUGCUCUGAGUCGCGCUGGAAGGAAGACUUGGGGAAUAUCAAGGAUAUGCACCGGCUGCUCACAUUCAAAGGGUACCGCUUUAGGGAGCUGCCCCGUCGCGCGGAGGCACCCCCGACAAUGAAUAUUAAAUCCGCCGAUGAACUCGAGUCGGAAGACCGAGAAGCACAAUCUGCUAAACUCCAGGAACUCAUACGGAGAGGCACCCCGCGGGACCUGGCAGCCGCGCAAGAACUCAUGAAGUCCCUCGCUGGCGCGAAUCCCGAUGCAAAGCCCGACUACCGCUCUCAAGCCAUGACGGAGCUCAAUAAGCUCGAGAGUAAAGUCAUUCUGCUCAACGAGAUGCUCGAUAACGUCGAUACUACGAAAGGGGAGAAAUUCGCAUCGGGGGACGUGUAUGACCAAGUCGCGUCGAUAUUGAAGUCUGCCCGUCCGAAGCUCCAGAAAUGGGUCUCGGAUGCAGAAACAGACGAUCCGGAGUCGUUAGAUGCCUUCCUCCAAAUUAACGAUCAAAUCAACAACGUCAUCACCCGCUUCGAGGCGUUCAAGAAAGGCGACUAUAGCAUAUCUGCCAUCCCCGCUGAGCUCACUCAAACCGAAGCCGAAGCGUCCCUCAUUAGUUUCGAUGACAGCUCACAUCCCUCACAUAGCGCACCGGUAGACGAUCUAGCUUCCUUAUUCGCCUCGCUGCCCCAAACCCAAUCUUCCGCCCGACAACCAAAUGCAAAUGCAAACGCCAUGUUUGCCUCGCAAACCGGCAUUUCACUGGGGAACAACUUGAAUGCUUCUUCCUCCACUUCAUCACCCGUCCCAAACGCCCCCUCGCCCCAACCACAGUUCGGGUCUAUCAUGCUAGCGCUUACCCCGCCGCGGGUAACGUCGCCUGGGUAUUUCGGGGGGAAUAAUGGGAAUGGAGGUACGAAUGUCGUUCCGAAUUCGAGUGCGUCGGGGAUGAGUCCUCCGGGAUUGGGAUUGGGGGUGAGUAGGUCAUCCACUGGCAUGGGCGCUGUGCCGGGGUCAAGAGCGAAUAUGGGUACGAUGAUGGGGACGCAGCCGACUUCAACGCCACUGACGCAGCAGGGGAAGGACCCGUUUGCGGAUCUGGCAGGGUUGUUUUAGGUAUUGUGUCGUGCUGUGCUGUGCUGUAUAUUGGGUGGUGAUCGGGGUAUAGGUGUAAUAUAUAUCUUGAAAUUGCUGGAAUGCGGAUUUUGUGUGGAUUUUGAUCUUGGAAGCGAAUGACCCUGGUUGAUUGCUUGACGUUGAGAACGCUGAUUGCUUAAGCUUGUUGG